GCGGCACGCUGCCGCUCAGGCGCCGCGCUGCGCGCGCCUGGGGCGCUGUGCCCAGCGGCUCCAUGCUGAAGCUGAUCCUGGCCACGCUGAUCGGCGUCGUCGGCGCCGAGCGCUGGAGCUUCCUGGGCUCCUGGAACCCCCACUCGCUGGUGACGGGGUACCGCCUCGACGAGGUCUCAGCGGUGCUGCGCAACGUGGGCAUCAUUGGAUUGCCUGGGACAAGUGUACGUGCGUGGCAGGGGGAGCACCACCAUGCGGCCACGGCGACAUACCACCACACCAUCCAGUUCGGGUGGCACAGGAGCCGACUGGUCACGAAGGCGUGCGGUUGUGCCAUCAUGCUGAACAAGACGUGGUUCGCGAGGAAGGACAUCAGGCGCAUCGUCACGCCGCCAGCUUGCCUGCUUGGCCGUGGGGGCUUGGCAUACAUACAGUCGGGCCAGGUGAUGAUUGCGAUGAUGGUGCUGUACUUCCCCCCCAAGCCGAGCAAGGCAGGCAGCCCCAGAGUCUAUAAGGACACGUGCGACCAGCUACUGAAGUGGGCGAAGCAGGAGUUCUUGAAGAUCCCCCAGCGGUAUACGCCUGUUGUGUGCAUGGACCUGAACUCGGGGCUGCUUGCCAGGCCUGACUCUGGCCUCGUGGGGGACUAUGGCGCGGAGAAGGAGAAUGCGUGCGGUGCUGCUGUUCAUGAUUGGCUCAGCACGGUGGGGAUGGUGGCGAUCAACGCGUUCUACAAUUGUGGCCCCACCUUCGUGGGCUCCAACGGCCAGAGCCAGAUUGACUAUGUGUGUAUCCCUGGGGACGCGGUGCCGCUGGUAUCUUGGGCAAAGACCUGGAAGAGGUCGGCGCAGGAAGGCCGAUCGAUGCCAGCGGUGCUGGACCACAUCCCCGUCGUGAUGAAGAUGAAGAUGGUGCCGCCGAUUGUGCUCACACCCUUGCGCGAGAGGUGGGACCGUGCCAAACUCAGCCAGGCGACGCUCACUGGCGAUGGGCGAGAAGCGUUCCUGGAGGAGUUGCAGUACGAGCUCGAGUCCCACCGCGCGGCCUUCGAGGUGCUCGAGAGUAGGGAGGUGACGACGGGGCACACGGCGCUGCUCAUGCACAUGAUCAAGACGACGGCGCUGAAGCACUUCUCCCUGGCCCCUGUCAAGAACGAGGUGCUGGAGAAAAUGACGACGGAAAAGUGGAAGUUGCUGAAGGCGCGCAGGGCCCUGCUGGCUGAAGUAUCGGCCGAGGUGAUUGCGGCAAACGUGUCCAUGACGACGGACGUGGCGAAGCAGACCGUGGCGAUCAAGGCGUACACGAAGGCGCUCAAGUCCCACAAGAGGAAGUUUGUGGCUGAACGGCGACGACUCACUGAGGACGACCUGGCGGCUGCGUGGAAGACCCGUGACAUGGCGGCCGUGCCCCGCCUGGCCCGUGCCUUGGCGGGCACGGGCAUUGGCAUCAAGAAUCGCAACUACCGUGCCAACCCGUGCUUCUCACCGUCGGCGAACGAGUGGGUGCAGUUCCUGGAGCUCCCUCCUCUGCGAGGGGGGCUGGCGGGGGAGGCGAUGUCGGUGCCGUGGUACGCUGAGCUCUCUGAGGAGCGCUACAAGCAGCCGAAGGACAUCGACGAGUAUGCCAUCCCUGACAAUUUCGAGGUGACGGAUCAUACCAGGAAGCAAACAAUAAAAUAUUUCAAGAUGACGGCAAGAGCGAUUCGGCGAUCGAGGCUGGGGCGAUUCUCGCCGGCCUGGUCGGCGCCAGCUGAGGUUUUCAAGAUACUGCUCGACCCGACGUGGGUCAGCGCGCCGAGUGAAUACUGGAAAAAACCGAUGGGGGUGGGGGCGCGACCUGAGGCUAUUUGGAACGACGAUGCCACCACCCCCGACCCGUAUGCGAAGAGGCAGCUGCUGCAUUUGGGAAAAUACGGGGAGGCAUCCUACCGCCUCUUCAGGCUGGCGCUGCAGGUGAGGAGGACCGAGCUGUUGCCCACGCAGGCGUCCCUCUCGUUCGGGUUCGCGCCUGAUAAGAAGAAUGGGAGCAACCUCACCGUGAUCAUCGACGCGGCCGACGUGAGGUGUGCCGUACGCAGUGGCAGCGGAGGCUUCAUGGGCGACACGUCGGAGCCAGAGAUUUUCAUGCAGAACUACCAUCAUGCUGUCCAUGCGUGGGCGGCCUUUGAGAGAAGACAGAGCGCUGAGAGCAUGACCAUCACCUUCAGCAAGUUUCCCAUGGUGGACGCCAGCAUGGGCACGUUCAUGGACGACAUCUUUAAGACGAUGCUGGUGCCGAAGGAUAUGGUCAACGCAGGGGACAUCGUUGCGAUGUCUAAGCGGAAUGACAUGUACCUGGAUCAGUCGUUGGCAGCACGGCAGUAUGCACAUAAUCGGAGCAAGCAGGACGUGGUGCCAGCACUGAGGUCGAGGCAGCUUACUAGACAAGUGAUAUUGGGACUACGGCAGUCGGGAUGCCAGGCAGGCUACGAGCUGAAGCACCUGGGCGCCUGGUUCAACGCGGUGGGGAGCAACGUGAGCGAGCUGCGGGCGCGCCUGCAGGCGCUCAACCGUGGGUGGCUUAUGGUGAAAAGGAUUCUGGAGCUCGAAGGCUUAUCGGGCACCAUGUCGAUGGUCUGGACCCAGAGCGAACACCGUAUUAUUUGCUCAUCGUUGGUGAAAAAAUUGCGCUAUCUGAUGGGUGGUACGGCUACGUUCCACGACGAUCAAGUUCGUUCGCUCACGUCUCGGGAGGUGUACCGCUACUGGCAGCUGGUGCCCUUCGCGCUCGAGGCGACGGUCCAGAGGCUGAAAGCUUGGCAGAGUGUGAUACGGAACCCUGGGAACCACGAGCACUUCCUGUCGGUCUUCUUCGGGGCGAUGAAGUGGGAGCUGGAGGCGGAGUACGCGUGCCCCCCGUCGCUCGACCCAGCUGGUGGAGUGAACGACCAUACGGGGACGCACCCGUGGCUGCAGCAAUUCAAGAGCGACAUGAAGAUGGUCGUGGGCCACCCCGAGGCAGAGGACUUUGCCCAGGCCUGGAGGGGCGACAUUGAGGAGCUGCUCUGGGACAAGGACGUGAACUGCUACUUCUUGGCCUUUGAUCCGCGCUCUUUGCGGACGGCCUUCACAGCGACUGUGUGGAGGUGGGGCACCCGAUUGCUGUGGUCGAGCCUCGACCACCCAGAGCUCCCCCGCGCGUGCCUCGCGGCCGUGAGAUCGCCCCACUGGCUGCUGGUGUACCCAGGGCUCGUGGAUGUGAGCACCGCUCGGCGGCUGGGCGACAAGGACAGGAAGCUGCUGACCAAGGACAACGGGUUGCGCGAGCUGCUCCUCCUGCUGGCCAUGCAGGUCACCCAGCUCACGCAGCGGAGCCGCACGAUGUGGGGCAUGAUGACGAAGACGGUGAUCUUGGAGGGCAGCUCGAAGGUUGUCAAAGCCAUGCAGGAGGAGGCCAAGACGUUCUCGGACAACGCGCAGACACUGAGGGACAAGGUCAAGCGUCUCAAGGACGAGGCCACGGCGGCAAAGGACGCGGGAGACAAGCCCGCGGAGCAAAAGUCGGACGGGGAGGCCGCGCUAGUACUGGCAGAGCUACGCGGACUCGGCCCCCCCACGGCGACGGUGUUUUGCGCGAUGGUCGAGAGCUUGGCAGAGGAAGAGGUGGGGCGCGCCAACAGGCAGACGCUCGAGGCGUGGUCGACGGCCAUGGUGGGCGACCCGCCAGACUUCGUGAAGCUCUGCCGCCUCGAGAACUGCUACCAGACGGACAUGAUCAAGAUAGUGUUCGCAGUCACCGACCAGACCAAGGAGGAUGUGCUCGCGGACGCGUUCAAGCAGCUGGGCGCCACUGUCACCUCUG